AUGACAAAAAUGUCUUGUCUCUUGGGACUUUCUCUGUGUUUUUUGUUUGUUGCAUUAGUUGCUUCUUCCAAAUUUGAGGAGCUUUUUCAACCUGGUUGGGCUAUGGACCAUUUCGUUCAUGAAGGAGAUUUACUCAAACUCAAACUCGACAAUUAUUCCGGUGCUGGAUUUGGAUCUAAGAGCAAAUAUAUGUUUGGAAAAGUGACUGUUCACCUUAAGCUUGUGGAAGGUGACUCUGCUGGAACUGUUACUGCCUUCUAUAUGUCAUCAGAAGGACCAACUCAUAAUGAAUUUGAUUUUGAGUUUUUGGGUAACACAACUGGUGAACCUUACUCAGUUCAAACAAAUGUGUAUGUGAAUGGUGUUGGUAAUAGAGAACAAAGACUUAACCUAUGGUUUGAUCCAUCUAAGGAUUUUCACACCUACUCAAUUUUUUGGAACCAACGUCAAGUAAUGUUUCUAGUGGAUGAGACACCAAUUCGAGUACACACAAAUUUGGAACACAAAGGAAUCCCUUUCCCAAAAGACCAAGCAAUGGGUGUUUACAGUUCAAUAUGGAAUGCCGAUGAUUGGGCCACACAAGGCGGUCGUGUGAAAACCGAUUGGUCUCAUGCGCCUUUCGUUGCGACUUAUAAAGAUUUCGAAAUCAAUGCUUGCGAAUGUCCAACUCCGGUUACAUCGAUCGAUAGCGCGAAGAAAUGUAGUAGUAGUGAGGAUAAGAAGUAUUGGUGGGAUGAACCUAUGUUGUCUGAACUCACCUUGCAUCAAAGUCAUCAACUUAUUUGGGUUAGGGCUAAUCAUAUGGUUUACGAUUAUUGCGCCGAUACCGCUAGGUUCCCCGUCAUCCCCGCCGAAUGUGUCCGCCACCACCAUUAG